AUUUAUUUUGAGUUAAAAAAACAUAACUUAGAAGUUAUGUUGCUUCUGUCCGCGAUGGGAUUGGUGAGCGAGGAGAGUGCUUCAAACCGUGGUUUCAUGGGUAUCUGAAAUUGAAAUCGCCGUAAAUUAACUUUUUCUGGUGGUUAUAGAUGCUGUUUCACUGGGUUCUGUGUUUUAUUUUGGUGUCCUGAUUUACAGGGUUUUUCUGGUGCGAUCGGCGCGGUUUUAUCGGCGUUGAUCGAGGCAGUGAAGAGCAACAUUUGGUUGUGGGUCGAUGAGAGGGCACUGUUGGAAGCUACUUGUAGAAACCAUUAUUGGAUGGGUCACGCCAGAUAUGAGUGUGGAUAUGGAUUCAUCUGAUUUAUGGGUUUUGGGCUUGCGUCCCCGUGCUGGCAUCAGUGAAUUUCAACCAAUGCCACCGCCAUCGCCACCGCCCCCUUUCGGAGUUCUGCCCAGGCAAACUGAGCUCUCAUCGGGCCACAGAGAUUUUCUGGAUCAGCAUUUGGGGAACCAUGAAGAUCUUCACGCCAAAGCUCCGCUUCUUUUAACCGAUUUGACAACAAACUUAGCCGAUUUGGAAGCUAGUUUCCUGAACCUUCAGAGAAAUCUAACCAAACGCACCGUUUCGUGGAUUUCUCGCUCUUUUGGAGCUAAAUCAUCGGUUUCCAAUCUUAAUAUCAUGUUGGAGAAUCUCAGUCUUCACACCUCCAAAUAUGAGGUUUGUUCAAGGAAAAUUCAGACGAUUCUGGGUGAGGAGUUACCUCAACUUGCCAAAUGCCUGAAACGAAUUGAAAAUAUUCGCAGAUACGUGGAUACUGCACUACAGUUGGAAGCUCUGGUUGGAGAUCUUGAGGAUGCAGUUUACUGUAUUGGAGAUUCUCACGCUCGGAAUAUGUUUUCAGCAAAGUUUAUGACUUCACUAAUUUCAACCGAUUUUGGUCCAAAGCAAGAGAGGCUACAUAGAGCCAUUAAACUGAUGAACAACAUUGAGGAUUUAUUGGUUGAUGUUGUCAUAUUUCAUCCUCGAUGGUCCCAACUUUUGGAGUCUGUUGAUAUCAGAGUAGAGAAAAUUUUAGCUGUUGUUCGGCCUCAAGUUCUUGCUGAUCACCGUGCUCUUCUUGCUUCUUUAGGCUGGCCACCUAAACUUUUGAAGUCAACAGUUGAUAGUGGAGGAAUUGCCUGCCUUCCUAAUCCACUUGUUUUGAUGGAAGGAGACAAAAGAAAGUAUUAUUCCCUAAGUUUUAUAGGUCUUUGUGCUUUGCAGCAUCUGCAGAUGAGGAGGGAAGAUCGACAGCAUAACAUUUUUGGACGGAAGGAGUGCAGUAUGAGACUUUGGGCCAUUGAUGAACUUGUUUCACCAAUUGCAUCACAAGUGGAAUACCACUUCCGUAAAUGGGCUGAACAGCCAGAAUUCAUGUUUGCUCUCGUGUAUAAGAUAACAAGAGACUUUAUUGUGGGAAUAGAUGAUGUUUUGCAGCCUUUGAUUGACAGAGCAAGAUUGGUGAGUUACAGCGCUAGAGAAGCUUGGGUUUCUGCAAUGAUCCAGAUGCUUUCUGGGUUUUUAGCAAAAGUUGUUUCUGAUCUUGCCGAAAAGUACAAGGAGAAACACAUGAAACUGGAAGUUAUAUCCUCAUGGCUUCACUUGAUAGAUCAUGCUGUCACUUUUGAUAAAUGGAUGCAAUCGCUUGUAAAUUCAGAAAUUCAUUUCUUCUUGGAGUCUGAAAGACAAGACUCAAGGGGUCUAUCAGUAUUAAUGAUAUUUUGUGAUAGGCCAGACUGGCUUAAGAUUUGGGCAAAAAUAGAGCUCAAGAAUGCCUGGAAGAAAAUAAAACUUGAACUGAAAGAUGAGAAAGCUUGGUCAACUGGUAAAGAAUCUGGGGUUGACUUUCAAAACAGUGAGGAAUCUGAACAAUUUUUGCUCAUUACUAGAGAGGACUACAAAGCUCCCUUAGUAGCUGAUUCUGUCCUUAAAAUCACCUGGGAAAUGAUUGAACGUUGCAGAACUUUGCCUUCUAUUUUUUCGCAUAUUCAAUUUAUCAAAUCAACUGCUGGACGAUUCCUCUGGCAUUUUCUUAAUGUAUUGGUUUUGCGUUGCAAGAACACCGAGUUCCUUCUCGAUUGUCCAAAUGAUGCCUUAAUUAAAGUGUGCGGAUCAAUCAAUGCUGCCAGAUAUGUUGAAUCCAAGCUGCAAGAGUGGAGCGAUGAUGUUAACUUCUUAGAGAUGAGAAUUGCUGAAAGGGAUGUUAUCGAUGGAAAUGGUGAUCUUGCUGACAACAGUAGCUUCUUUGGGGAAGAAAUUAAAAGUCUGUUGGAGCUUGAGACUAACUGGCUCUUGGAGAUAAUUUGCUUUCUGCUACGUCAUUUUGAAGCUCAUUCCUGUGAAUAUCUGCAAAACAAAAGAUAUUUUGAAGAAGAGCAAGAAAAUUUUACUACAAAUAGAAUUACAGCAGCCGUGGAUUUAGCAGUAUCAGUUGAUAUCAUCCAAGCACUGGAUGCUAUUAAAGUUCAGCUAAACGUUCUCAAGUCAAAUCUUAAUCCAAAAGACUUCUUGGAUUUGUGGAGAAGCGUUACUGAUGGGCUUGACCAGUUCAUUUCGAGCAGCGUUUUUUCUAGUGAUAUCCAGUUUUCCGGUGGGGGGAUUGAUCAAUUUGAAGCUGAUAUGCAGGCGUUAUUUCUAGUUUUUCAACCAUUUUGUGUUCGCCCUGAUGUGUUUUUUCCUUGUAUUAGAGAGACCAUUAAGCUGUUAAAAGUGUGUAGGGAGCAGGCAAACCAUUUGCAGGUAGUUUCAUCCAGUAGUGAAAAUGGAACAAAAUACUUGCAUUCUCAUGGAAUUUUACACUUGUCUUUUGAACAAGUUGAUAAAGUUUUGAAGAAGAGAAAGUUUGGAACUUGAUUUA